AUGGCAGCAGCUCGUUCAGCUGAAGGAGUGCGCCCAGAAGACAGCGCAUCGAUGGUAGGCUCUAUGGUGGGAUCUCAGGGGUCUUGGAGUGUUUUGGUCAACGAACAGGCCAAUGUGGCUCCACCAGCCAGUCAGGGGGUGCCCAUGCAGUGCCCAACACCAAAGGCUCCUCCUCCUGGCUUUAGACCUGAGGACAAGCAAGCGGCUCCGGCGACUGAGACUGACCCUGAUCUGACCCAGAAUGUGCCGCCACAGGAUCCCCAGUUCUGGGCCGGGGUGUUUGAUCCACCCCCAACAGUGCCUGCAGCUCCGGCUACGCAAGCAGCCAAAGCUCUUUGGGACAAUGCUCAGCAACAGGCUCAACGGUUGGCCAAGCAGAAAUCGCAGGCCAAACGCCGUGGACAGAGAGGGAUCCGCUGGGGGCAGAUGCCAGGGCUGAAUGCUCAGAACUUUCAGCUCCCGAAUUUCAUUCAGCAGCUCGGUGCUCGUGAGAAUGAGCGGUCAGUUCUGGUGAUUGACAGCCGCGACAAAAGGAUCCAAUCCCCAUUUCAGGGGUGGCUUCUUGACGAGAUCCUCCUCAACGCUCAGUCUGGGGUGAAUGUCUUGUCAGAUAGUCAGUUGGUUCGAUCGCCGAGCACGGGCUAUCACAUGAACCUCUUCUACGUGAGGAUCCUCGACGGCUUCAAGUUCAUUUUGGUGGGAACCAUGACGUCCUAUGGCACGGUUCCUGCUGCCAGAUGGGACGAAGCCACCAGCACGGUGCUCAACCACAAGGCCUUUCAACCGUUCAGAUGGCCCAUGAUGUCAAAUGAGUCAUCCACGUGGGUAGAUGUGAAGGUCAAAGUGGAAGGAGAUUUGCUCUUGCACCUUGAGCUCCGUGGAUACCGCUCGGACCAAGACAUGACGGUCCAGCUCAACUACAUCAACGACGUGAUGGUCGCAAACUUCAGGGACACGCUCUUUGUGCCGUCCUGUGUGGUCACGAUCUUUCAAGGAUGGCGAGUUGUGGCUACUUCAUUCGAAGUGGGCGGCCGCUUGUAUGCGUGCUCAGAAGGUGGCAUGGUGGCAGCCCUCGAUUUUCCACUAUGUCACUUUGAGGUGCGCAUGACAGCUCUAUCCUCUGCAGAUUCGAUCGGAAUGGAUGCCGACAGGCUUGAGUUCAGAUUUCGAUCGUCUGGGGACAAGCUGGAUGUAGCUUGUUCACAGGCUGUGGUCCCGUCCACGUGGCUCGUCGUGUCACGGGUAUCAGGACCUACGCUCAUCAAGAAUGCUCAUUGGUGCCGUGAUCAUCAUGCACGCAUCGAGGGCCCAGACCAGACUCUUCAGCUCUCGCAACUGGCAGGUGUUCACGCCCACUGGACUGCAACGAUCGAGGCAGGAGCUCUGGAAGAAACUGGCCCGAGGAUCAGUGCAGUGGCGGUGGAAUCGCAUCCAGCCAAUGUUCAUUUGACGUGUGAGGCGCCGCUCUUCAGGGCUCCCAAAGCGAUUGUGCCGGUGGAGGCUUUGGCUCUGCAAUGUCAUGAUCAACAGCUGGAGCAAGACAUGCUGGUGCUCCCUCCUGUGCAUGGUGGUCCAUCAGUGGUGCCUGCAGCUCAGGCUCCUGGGGCGCAAGAAGUGGCUGGUGGCUCGAUCUCGGUUCAAAGGCGCUCUUUGGAGGCUCGUGCAGCUGAGAACCUUUCUGAGGCUGCUGUGACCCCUCAGACCUUUCUUGAUCGAGUUCAAGGCGCUCGUGACAGCCAAGAUCCUCACUAUGUUCCAAGCCAUCCUGUCAGCUAUGGUCCUGCUCCGGUGAUCGAAGAAGUCACGGACUGCUGA